CGCGCUUAUCCGGAUAGCGGAUAAAGUACGUACUAAUUUGAGAAUAAAGCGGCCGUGUGACGACGGACAUGGGGCGGUCGAGUCGCAAGUUUUACAUCGUGACGACUGAAGUGCGCAUAGCCAGCGUGCCAAAGCCAGGCCAAUGGAUAGAUCAUGCAAAGAAACUACCAGGCGAAGUCGUCGAAGUCGUCGACGAAGGCCAUCGGGCGUUGUCCAUGCCGGUGUCUCCGUCAAAAGCUGCACGUCGGCAGCCUCCGACCGACAAGGCGGAUGACAUCACGUACCUCAAGCUCGCGUAUGCAGAAGGCUGGGUGCCUCUGGAAACGUCAUCAGACGGUACCAUGAACAUGGAGCUCUUGCCCGAAACCGAUUGGACCGAAGAACUACCGCCGCCAAAUUCGCUCUUCUUGUUUCGAGCGCUGGUGCCGCUACAGCUCAAGAGCGGUCCCGAUGCAUUUGCGCCCAAGCUGCUACCCGUGGAAACAAAGGAGCCGUGCGACGUCGUCGAAGUGUCGCGCAUCGUCACAUUCCCACGGAGCUCGACCUCGUUCGUGGAGGUGCAUCCCAUGGGGUGGCUGAGCAUCCAGCUCCCGAGCGGUCGCAAGCUGCUCGAACGAACGACGUCAUUCACCCCCUCGCCGACACCCAGCCACCCGUUGGUCGAGCCGUCCAGCACCGUCGCGGUCAUAGCCGGCAAAUCCGGUGUAUUGGAGCGGGGCCACUUCUUCUACUGCGUGCACAUUGCGGUGGGCAUCCGCGAGUUCCCAGACAUCAUGAGUCCUCGGGUGGGUAAAGGGUUCCACAUCAACACGAUCGUGGAAGGGUCGCAGCGCUUUACGCCGCAGAGUUCGCCCAUUACGUAUGUCAAGCUCCAGCAUGAACGGGGAUGGGUGUUUGAGUCCACCAUGGAUGGCCAAGUCGUGUUGGCACCGCUGCGCAGUCAGAUCCAACGCGAUAUUUCACGCGCCUUCUACCGCGUGCUGCACACUUCCAUUAACGUGUAUAGUGGUCCGACGUUUGAGAGUCCUGUGAUUGGCACGCGAGCCAACCUCGUCGAGUGCCGCGAACGGCUUCAAAUUCAAGUGCCGACGGGAGCAAGUUGCUCAAACACGUGGGUAUUUCUCAAAUUACGCCAUGCCCCAGGAUGGGUGUCUGAGACGAGUCGCGACGGCCUCGACAAGCUCGUUGACCCGAUUGAAGGCGACGCGACGACGGUCGAAAACCCAAAGUUUUACAAAGUCAAGUUGACCGUGCCGGUGCUCGCCGCGCCCGACGUGGACGGACCGCGGUUGCAGGGGAGUUUUCCCAAACAAGUCCAUUCGAUCGUCGAAAGCAGUUUACGGUACACUCCGCCCGAGUCGACCAUGACAUAUGUGAAAUUGGCCCACGAACCUGGCUGGAUCUACGAAACCACGUUGGCCGGCGACUGCAUUCUCGACACGUUGACCAAAGAACCGGCAAAACAGCACGGCAAGUUCUUUUAUCGAGCAAGGGCCAAGCUCCGCGUGCUCGUGUCGCCCGAACCAAGCAGUGCCGUGCUCAAACACUUGGAUGAACACACGGUGUUUUGCGGGGCGCUGCAGUUCAGUUUGCCAGAGUCGGAUGUAGUGUACGCUGCGGUCAAGGACAAGGGAUGGGUGGCGCUCGACAGGCCGAGUGCGAGCAAGGUCACUGUGGAGCGGAUCUCAGAAUCCAUGUACCAACUGUGCAUAAACCCCCCGAGUUGGGUGGCGGUGGGGUAUCCGAACCGGUCGUGGUUUAAAGUGCCUGACGAAGGCGGGAAUCGAGACAUCUUGGCGGUUGAAACCACCGCUCAAAACGAACUGUUUGCCGACCGCAACACCCUGAGCAGCUCGUCGCUAGGCGUGGACUCGAUUCCGCUUGUGCGGCACGGAUAUGUGGCCACCGAGACGGCGGUGAUCCCCGUGGUGCUGGAAGAGAUCAAGCACCCUGCCAACGCCAUCCUCCUCACGUUUCCGUGGAAGCAACUGUGGUGGCACGUGUCGUUCCCAGACAAAUCGGUCGUAGUGGUCGAGUUGCAGCACGGACUCCACGGCGGCUUUCGCGCCGUGUUCUGCAACGGCAAUGUGAUGGCCCAGUCCAGAUUGCUGUGGGACUCGGGCGACACGAUCGAGGUCGCGGCGGCCGGGCACACGUUUCAAGUGUCCAUCGUCCUGGAAGGCGGCGCCGCGUUCUUCUCGUCAGCUGUGCAGUAUUACACGUACUCGCUCGUCGUGGACGGCCACCCCAUUCGAAUGAGCACGUACAAGGACAACUGACAUGUCCAGGAGUUGUGUGUGGUGGUGACGUGAUUGCGACAGUUUGUACUUGUUGUCGUCGUCAUGGAAGGAUAAGACCCGACUUGGAAACAACCAACGUACAGAAGAACACGUGAUGUCACUUGACAAAUCUUUGUUGGUUGGCUGUGCAUGACGUUAUCGAGGAGUUGAGCAUGCAGCUGACAUAGCUACAUAAUCACGUGAGCAAAGCUCCACAGUCC